AUGCGUAUCUCAACCAUCAUCGUCUCCGGAGUCAUGGCUGCUCUCUCAGUCCGCGCCCAGAGCACCACCGAGUCCGUCGCAUCUGGCACUCAAUCCGUCUCUCCAGUUCAAGCGACCCAAGCCGCCUGUUUGGCAGCCUGCCCUGCGACCGACACCAAGUGCAGAGACGCGUGCAUUGUCGACCCAGUCGGCGUCCCAAACCCAGCCAUCGCCUGCAUCACCAACACUUGCACCCAAGGAAACGGUACCGCCGCUGAGAACUUGGCUUUCGAGAACUGCCAAAAAGCCUGCAGAUCGUCUGCGGCCACGGUCACCGCCACCACCGAUGCUCGUCCAGGUUAUACUGGUGGUGUUGUCGUCCCUACCAGCGCCUCUGGUGCGGUAGUCUCUUCAAGUGGAAGUGGAAGCCCAAGCGCCGCACAAACUGGAACCGCGUCCCGAUCUGGAACAUCCUCUGGUUCUGUCCAGACCGGUACAUCUGCCACUACCGGUGGAGCUGGCCCUGCUACCACCUCUGGCGCACCCGCAACCACCUCAUCAUCCGCCGCCAACGCCGAGAACGUACGCUUCGGCAUGUCCGCCGUCGGUGUCGCUGGUGUUUUCGCCGCCAUCUUCGCUUUGUAA